GAAAAGAAAAAGAAGAGACUCCCAACCAUUUUUUUCCGGGGUCCGACUACAAGGUAAAUAUCUCUUAGGAAGAGAAGCUACUGUAAAGCUCCGAAGAUGAACCCCCAAAUCUAGCUACUACAUUGUCGCAUCUUUGCUUUUGUUUUAUAAAAGUUGAUGAUUUUGUACUGAACUCAAGACGGAAAACAAGUAUUAAUGGAUCGAGCGCGAACUGCAAGUCCGAGGCAGUUAAGGAAGUGGAGCAGCGAAUCCGGUGCUCCCACUCUUACUGCCGGCUCUUCAUCUCCAAGACAUGCCCGCUCUUCCUCUAUCUCCGGAAUGUCCAACAUUAAGCGCACUCAGAAUGUUGCGGCCAAAGCUGCUGCCCAGCGCCUCGCUCAAGUUAUGGCCUCUCAAGCAGCCACUGGCAAUGAUGACGAUGACGAUGACCAUGAUGAUCUUGGAUUCCGAUUUGCUGCUCCUUCACCUCCCUCUUUUUCCAGGUCCAACGUCAGAACUGCUCCCAAUAGCACUAGUGAUAGCAAUGCUAUUCAGUGCGCUAAGGUCAAUUCCACAUCAUCUUCGCCUGCUCUAGCUAGGAAUGUUGUUGAGGAAUCGCUGUCUCUUCGUUCGACAUCAGCAGGAAGACCAACUAUCCCAUCUCGUCCUCCACCAUCAAUACCAACUACCCGACAGUCUGUGAAGACUCCUUCACCUAUACCACCAAUCGAUCCUCCAACCAACAAGCUGAGAGAGAAAAGAUUCUCUCCAGAUUUAAGACAAGUUAACUUGAAAGAUACAGGAGAUCAUCGUGCCGCUUCUGCGCUUCGUGAUGAACUUGAUAUGCUACAAGAAGAAAAUGAAAAUCUUCUUGGAAAGCUUAGAGUUGCCGAAACGAGCUACGAGGAAGCAGAAGCUAGAGUGAAGGAGCUUGAGAAACAGGUUGCAGCACUUGGAGAAGGAGUAUCUUUAGAAGCAAAGUUGUUAAGCAGGAAGGAAGCCUCUUUGCGCCAAAGGGAGGCUGCACUGAAAGAUGCUAAACAAGCAAAGAAUGGGAUAGAUGUGGAACUUGCAAGCCUCCAUUCUAGUGUUCAGAAAGCAAAAGAUGAAGCAGCUGCUGCUGUAGAUCAACUUCAGGGGACUGAAUCUGAGGUUAAAGCUCUACGCUCUAUGACACAAAGGAUGAUUUUAACCCAGAAUGAGAUGGAAGAUGUUGUUCUUAAACGAUGCUGGCUUGCACGUUAUUGGGGUUUAGCAACUCAGUUUGGCAUUUGUGCAGAUAUUGCUGCUUCAAAACACGAGUACUGGUCAUCCUUCGCACCACUUCCUUUUGAAUUGGUUAUCUCUGCUGGCCAAAAGGCAAAGGAAGAAUGUUUGGAAAAAGGUGAUGACAAUCCAGAGAGGGGAAAGCUUGUUCAGGAUUUGAAUGAUCUCACUGGAGAAGGAAAUAUAGAAAGCAUGCUUUCUGUUGAAAUGGGCUUGAAUGAACUUGUUUCUUUGAAGGUUGAGGAUGCCAUAGUGCUUGCACUGGCUCAACAACGGCGUCCAAACUCUGCUCGAACAUCAGUUUCAGACAUCAAAUUACCAAGUGAUCCGAAGUAUAUGGAGGCAUUUGAACUCAGCCCCGAGGAGUCUGAGGACGUUCUUUUCAAGGAGGCAUGGCUAACUUACUUUUGGAGGAGAGCCAAAGCCCAUGGUAUACAGGAAGAAAAAGCCAAUAGAAGGCUUCAAUUUUGGAGUAGUCGCAGUGGGCACUCACCAACUUCUCAUGAUGCUGUUGAUGUUGAGCAAGGUCUGAUGGAGCUGAGGAAAUUGGCCAUUGAACAAAAACUAUGGGAAUCAUCUCGGAGAUAAUUUGGGCAUUGGUUGAGAUUCUUCCGUUACUGGAGAGAAGUCUUCCCUGCAGUCUAAUAUUACUGCUUGCAAUCUAUUUUACUCGCUGCAUUCAAGCGUCUCACUCUCCCUUUUUCUACUCACUGUAGUAUUCUUCUCAAGAUUCAUGUAAUACAAGGUUCCGAUCUUAUUCUGCUUAGGUCCAACAGGAAGGGAGGGUUCCCAGUUAAGGUUACACGGAUUUUUAUUUAGUACAAAUAUGAGUAUCUUAAAGAUGACCAUACGUAAAUAGUUAAGCAAACUGUAUUUAGAAGCAUAGCCAAAUUCUCCCUUCUAAAUACAGUUUAUUGUAUUAACCUUUUAGUAGUAAUUACUGGUUCCAAUUAA